UGUAUUAAUGAGCAGCAGCAGCAGCAGCAGCAGCAGCAACAUCAAGUGAAAGCGUUAAACAGAUCAAUUGAUGGCGGAGGUGCACAUAAUUGGACAAAUAUUGAAAGCAGUUGAUUUCGACGAGCCACAUCUGUACUGCACGUGGACACUGCAAAGCGGUAGCGCCUGGCGCUUGAUUCAGGGCGAGUUGCACGGACAAACGCACGUCUCCGCGAACCGCUUGGAGAGCUGCUCUGACUUUGCUGCGCCCUUGGACAUUCACUUGAGUUGCGCCGCCAUCCAGGGUUGGCCCACGCUGCUGGUGGAGGUGCACGCGGUGAAUGUGCUGCAGCAGUCGUGGCCCGUUGGCUACGGCUUUGCCCACAUACCCGCCACGCCCGGUGCCCAUCGGCUGGAGAUAAACACCUGGAAGGUUGCACCCAACGGCUGGUGGCAGAGCCUGCGCGAACGCUUCGGCGGCGGUGGAGCGUCGCUGAGUAAAACCGAUUUGCUCUUCUCCGGCGUCGAGCGUUACAAACUGCAAACUCGCAGCUCCGGCAAAAUCAUUGCUGACCUCAACUUGAUCUUUCGCAAAUUCGAGGAAUACGGCGUGGAAUUUAAUUAGAAAUGGAGCAGAAGUGCCUCCUGCUUUGGGUGCUGU